CUCUGACACUUUCUCAUCGCUAGGAAAACAAAUAUGGCGGAACGCAAAUGCAAAGAAAAAUAAAAAAAUCUAACUAAUUCGCAAUCGCAAGCAUCAUUUAACCGCGUACAAUGUACAAUUGCUGAGUAUAUAGAAAUUAAUAGCUCUUGCUGUGCGCUCUCUCAUGUUCGUAUGUGAGUUCGUUUGUUGCUGCAAUGCGAUUUGCACAGUCAACACAAAUACAAAUUUGUUAUUACGUGACCUCGAGAACGCCGCUAAAAUUAAAAUUCACAGAUCCGUGGCAAAAAGUGUUAUUUUACCUUAAAACGAAUAUAUCUAGUGCAAAUGCAACACUGCGUGAGCUAAAUGCGUCACUACGAUGCAGAUUAACUGAUUAAUUAAGGUGGAGUGAAGGUAAAAAUAUAAAAAUCAAAAGUACGUGGUUAAAAAAACGAAAACAACGCAAAAAUGUCUGGCGGACGCGACAGCAGCGCAAGCGCCAGCAGUAGUAACGGCAACAGCGCUGCCAACUCCAGCACACCGCAAACGCCGACGCAGCAGCGCGCCCGCGGUCGCCCGGCUAAGCGGGCGACAUGCACCUGGUGCGGCGAAGGGAAGCUGCCGUUACAGUACGUCCUGCCCACACAGACGGGCAAAAAGGAGUUCUGCUCGGAGACAUGCAUCGCCGAGUUCCGUAAGGCGUACAGCAAGGGGGCGUGCACGCAGUGUGACAACGUGAUACGCGAGGGUGCGCCCAAUAAGGAAUUCUGCUCCAUGAUGUGUAUGAACAAGCAUCAGAAGAAAAACGGGUCGACGCGGCACAGCAGUGGUGGUGCUGCAGGCGCUGGUGGCGCUGCAGAUGGGGAGCGCAAAUUGCUAAGCAGCGGUGCGCCGGCACCCACCGGUCCCUUUCAGUACGAGAGCUUUCAUGUAUUCGACUGGGAUGCCUAUCUGGAGGAAACUGGCAGUGAUGCGGCGCCCGCCGAGUGCUUCAAGCAGGCGCUGAAUCCGCCCAACAACGAUUUUAAGAUUGGGAUGAAACUGGAGGCACUAGAUCCACGCAACGUCACUUCCACCUGUAUUGCGACGGUAGUGGGCGUAUUGGGCUCAAGAUUGCGCCUGCGACUCGACGGCAGCGACUCACAGAACGAUUUCUGGCGCCUGGUCGACUCGACGGAGAUCCAUGCGAUCGGGCAUUGCGAGAAGAAUGGUGGCAUGCUGCAGCCUCCUCUUGGUUUCCGCAUGAAUGCUUCCAGCUGGCCCGGCUAUCUUUGCAAGAUACUCAACAAUGCAAUGGUUGCGCCCGAGGAGAUAUUCCAACCGGAGCCGCCGACGCCCACUGAGAAUCUCUUUAAGGUUGGCCAGAAACUGGAGGCGGUGGACAAAAAGAAUCCCCAACUGAUUUGCUGCGCAACAGUUGAUGCCAUCAAGGAUGAUCAAAUUCAUGUCACUUUCGAUGGCUGGCGCGGCGCCUUCGACUAUUGGUGCAAUUAUCGUUCUCGUGACAUUUUCCCAGCUGGUUGGUGCGCGCGCAGCUGCCAUCCCAUGCAGCCGCCGGGGCAUAAGUCACGCAUGGACUCCAGCUCUGGCAAGCAGCGUUGCCCGCGUCCCAGAUAUACCGUUGUCGCUGAGUCGGAUGCCAUGGUGGCCGCCUCCCCGGUAACGGCGCACUUUCACACCAACUGCAAGGGCGGACCCUUUAUUAAUGGCUCCAAGCUACCGUCUAUGGUGACGGGGCCGACGCAUCAGACGCUCGCCAAGCUUUGCCUUCAAGAGGUGCUGGCCGCCAGCACAGAUACACAGCAGUUGUCCAAGCUGCUCUUCGCGCUCGACGGGGAUGUGCAUAUUGUGACCGCUGCUGGCAAGAAUUUUACGGUCAAAAUACCCUCGCCGCUGCGCAUGAAGGAUGAUGAAAGCCUGGCCCAGUUUAUUGAGACGCUAUGCAUCACAUGCCGAGCAUGUGCAAAUCUUAUCUCAUUGAUGCCAGAGACCGAGGAGUGCAAGAAGUGCGCAAACAGCCGAAAACGUCAGUUGUUGCAGACCGCAACGCCGCCAGCGUCGCCUGUGCUGGCCGAGAAACGCAGCCGUCAAUCCAAAUCCGCCACGCCCACGCCUACAUCGCCCGCCGAGAAGCCGUUAAUUAUCAAGCAGGAAGCGGGUGUCAAGGCGCAGACGCAGCAGCCCGCAAGCAAAGCCACUAAGGAGACAUUAAACCACAACAAUAACAACAAUACUAACAACAACAACAACAAUAAUAAUAACAACAAUAACAGCAACAAUAAUGUUAGCAGUGUCAAGCUGGCUAUCAAAGUGGAGCCGAACAACGUCCCAGCGACAGCCUCAGCGCAGAAUCAGGCACAGGCGUUGCGCAAGGUGCGCUUCCAGCAUCACAACAAUAACAAUGGCAACUGCCAGCAGGAGACGAGCAACAACUUGGGCUCAACGGGCAGCAACAGUAACAACAGCUCCUCCUCUUCCAACUCCUCCAGCAGUAGCAGCAGCAGCGGAAACAGUAGCAAUAGCUUAGCCGGCGGCACAGUAAAUGCAAAAUAUUUGGCACCACUCGUCGCCGAGGUGCAUCCAGAGCAGCUAAGCGCCAAGCCACCUAGCAGCUACUAUAAAUCUCCAACUACAUUAUCAUCAAGCGCCUCCUUUCCGUCUUCGGUAUCCACGCCUUUCACCGCCUCACAGUCGGCCUGUCCGGCAGCGCCGGCUGCCAGCGCUGCCAAAGCGGCAACAGCGCCAGUGGCUGCAUCUGCAUCCAGUAGUUAUGCGGGUACAGCCAUCACCUCACCGCUCAGCACACCUACAUCGACGGCUUGUUCGCAUCUGCGAGCGCAACCUAUCGACUGGUCCAUCGAAGAGGUCAUCCAGUAUAUCGAGAGCAAUGACAACUCGCUGGCUGUGCAUGGCGAUCUCUUCAGAAAGCACGAAAUCGAUGGCAAAGCCUUGCUUUUACUUAACUCGGAGAUGAUGAUGAAAUAUAUGGGCCUAAAGCUGGGGCCAGCCUUAAAAAUAUGCAAUCUAGUGAAUAAGGUCAAUGGACGAAGAAAUAACAUGGCUUUGUGAAUUGCCAGAAGCAUAAAAGAAACAUGGAUAUGGCAAUGGAACAAAAUAAAGCGCAAGAAACGGAAUAUGGCCAGCGCGGAAGUGUUAACAAAUUAGUACCUCCUUAAAAAGUAAAAGUAAACAAAAAAAAAGAAAGAUAAUCACAUAAUAGAUAACAGAUAUGCAGAAUAUAUUUGUAAUGUGUUCGGGCAUUGAUGAAGUUGAAGAACGUUAACAAUUUUAUUUUAAAUAUGUAAUUUUCAACCUUAAAUUCUAAUGCGAACUAUGUUAAACAUGCGCGAAGGAAACCAAAA